CAUUCAUACACCGGAGCAGAGUGCUGAGGACAUCGCUCGUGCUGUGCGCACGGUACCGGGGGAGCAGCCAGCCUGUCCCGCCAUUACAAACCAAUCUGUGUCCUGUCCUGUCACCGCACACCCGCAGCCCCCCUGUACCCAGGCUGAGCCGUGCCAGCUUCACCAUGUCCGGGCCCCACAACACUCCCGAGGGCGGGACUCACCGGCGGCCACACUGCUCGUUCGACUAUCUGGUUAUCGGCGGAGGGUCCGGGGGGCUGGGCAGUGCCCGCAGGGCGGCAGAGCUGGGAGCCAGGGCAGCCGUGGUGGAGAGCAACAAGCUGGGAGGAACCUGUGUCAAUGUUGGAUGCGUCCCGAAAAAGAUUAUGUGGAACGCGGCAAUUCAUUCGGAAUAUAUACAUGAUCAUGAAGAUUAUGGAUUUCAAACAUCUGAUGUGAAAUUUACUUGGAAAAUUAUAAAAGACAAAAGAGAUGCAUACGUGAGUCGCCUCAAUGACAUCUAUCAAAACAACCUCAAUAAGGCACAAAUAGAAAUUAUCAGAGGUCAUGCAACCUUUACAUCUGACCCCGAACCGACACUGGAAGUGAAUGGUCAAAAAUAUACCGCCCCACACAUUCUAAUUGCUACAGGGGGUAAACCCACCAUGCCAUCAGACACAGAGGUUCCAGGAGCCAGUUUGGGAAUCACAAGUGAUGGAUUUUUUGAGCUUGAAGAGUUGCCCAGGCGGAGUGUCAUUGUUGGUGCUGGUUACAUUGCAGUUGAGAUAGCUGGGAUUCUAUCAGCUUUGGGAUCAAAAUCCGCAUUGUUAAUUCGUCAAGAUCAGGUGCUGCGUACAUUUGAUUCCAUGAUUAGUGCAAACUGCACUGAAGAGCUUGAAAAUGCAGGCGUUGAUAUCUGGAAAUAUGCCCAGGUGAAAUCCGUUAAAAAGACAAAAACUGGUCUAGACAUCAAUGUUCAGUGCUCUGUGCCAGGACGCAAGCCAACAGUAAGAACUAUCCAAGACGUUGACUGUUUGCUGUGGGCUAUUGGAAGAGACCCCAACACAGAGGAUCUGAACUUGGAGAAACUGGGUCUUGAGUUAGAUGAGAAGGGCCAUAUUGUGGUAGAUGAGUUCCAGAACACCAGCCGGAAAGGAAUUUAUGCUGUAGGUGAUGUGUGUGGCAGAGCACUUUUGACACCAGUUGCCAUAGCAGCAGGAAGAAGACUGGCUCAACGAUUGUUUGAAGGGCAGGAGGAUUCCAAGCUUGACUAUAACAACAUUCCAACAGUGGUCUUCAGCCAUCCUCCAAUAGGAACUGUGGGACUUACUGAAGAGGAAGCAGUAAAAGCCAAGGGUAGGGAGAAUGUUAAGAUCUACACAACGUCUUUUUCACCAAUGUACCAUGCCGUAACCAGAAGAAAAACUAAAUGUGUUAUGAAGCUGGUCUGCGUUGACAAAGAGGAAAAGGUUGUAGGAUUGCACAUGCAAGGACUGGGAUGUGAUGAAAUGUUGCAAGGAUUUGCCGUCGCUAUCAAAAUGGGAGCCACCAAAAAAGACUUUGAUAACACUGUUGCUAUUCACCCAACUUCCUCGGAGGAACUGGUCACACUACGUUGAAGUUGUUUUGUACCUUGAACAAGAGCAGUGAUUAUGAGAACAUUAUUUUGUCUACUGAAUUUCACACAUACAAUCCAUCCUUAUUUAUAAAUCUCUUUUUUCUUCUCUGUCCUAGUCCUUUUAAGCUGAUCAAGUGCCUUUUAAUAAAUUCUUACAUCGCACUAAUAUUUGAUUGCAACCAAAUUGAUGAUGGAAAAAAUAAAUAAAUUGUGCAUAUGUUGGUA